AUGGCCAAUCUCACAUCCUUACCACAGGAGACAAUCAGCCAGAUUGCCCUUUGUCUCGAUCGCCAUUCCGGCCUCUCCCUCGCUCUCACCUGUCGAGCUUUCGCCGGACCGGCGGAGGCGCGGCUCUGGCAGACCCUCGAACUAUCGCUCAGCCCGUACUAUGGCGUCUCUCCGCCUAUCCAGCCGCAUGAAGGAGCCUUUCCCUUGGCCGAGCGCGGGGGAGCCUUUCUACUCCGUCAUCGCCCUUACACAGCGCUUGAGGCGUGGGCAUGGAAUCAGGUGGAAACGGCGGAAGAGGCGUAUCGGACGGCGCUGCCAGGAAUUAUUGAUAGGAUCAUCCGGAUGGCAGACGGGAGGCGAUGGGCACUGGUCCGCGAGAUUACAGCGGCGCCUCGCGUGGGAGCCAUCGCCGGCAUCGUUCGAGUCCUGCGCAAUGCCGCUCCCCGUCUAGCGGAACUGCACCUCGACGAGCCAACCUCCCUGGAUGCCCUGGCCCCCAUUUUCCCAGCGGACAUUGACACGCUAGACUACGCCCUGAUCAGGGCGGAUCUACACUUCCCCUUCCUCACCUACCUCCGACUUGGACACGAUUCCGUUCGGUUCUCCGACCUCAUCCUCCUAUUCCUGCACGCGGCGCCCAAUCUUACGGAUCGCGACUUCGAUACCUGGGGUCUGUGGGAUCUCCCUGCGGACGCUGAGACGCAAAUGCCGCAGCUGCAAGGCGAGACCAAGCUGCGGAGAUUGAAGAUGGAAUUUGCGGAUCGGGGCCGGCAGGAGGAGACGGACGAGUCAUCGCCGGUCCUUGAGAUGCUUCGCCGGAGUCCUCUCGUGGAGCAGCUCUCGGAAGGCUAUAUGGAUCAGAACGUGGUUGUCUAUGACGGCCUGGUGAAGACCGCUUGGACCAUGCGCGGUCUGAGAGAUUAUCACUGGCGUUGGGAACCCUCGGACUUUAUGGACAGUGUAGUAUACACGAUGGGCGAGUUGGAGACGCCAGGAUUCACUGGUCUCAAACGGCUAGUCUAUAGUCAUGCGUCCUUUGACUACAUGCAGACAAGGAAUAUGCGUACCAUGUAG